AUGAAUAAAUCAAACAGCUCGAAGAGCAAUUCUUCCACUGCUAAAGCGGUUAAGAAAAAAUCGUCCAGAGAUACAAUCGUCACGGAAGGAGGUAUUACCCUUGACAAGCAGGAAACCGUUGUCAGUACUGCUAGCAACAGUCUGGAGAGGGACGCAUCCCGUGAUGCUGGUUAUGGAAAUUCAGUUAAGUUCCUUUUGGAAGAUGGACAAACCUACGGGACCACCUCAAGUCCAGAUAACGUAACGAGCUCGAAAAAUUACGCUUACUCUUGCGACAACUCUUUUGUGAAUGCUUCAUCUGGGGAUAACUUUUCUUACGCUGCUAAUAGGAGCGCAAAUGGUCAGCAGAGCCCGUUCCCGUUUCAUGCAAAAUUGAAUAGCCAGAGCAAUUGCGGAAGCGGCAACUUUGGUGGAAGCGGAAGCUAUGUUGGAAGUCGCACCUAUGGAGAAAGCGGCAACUUUGGAGGAAGUGGCAACUUUGGGGAAAGCGGCAACUUUGGAGGAAUCGGCAACUAUGGUGGCAGCGGCAACUUUGGAGGAAGCGGCAACUUUGGAGGAAGCGGCAACUUUGGAGGAAGCGGCUACUAUGGUGGCAGCGGCUACUAUGGUGGCAGCGGCAACUUUGGUGGCAGCGGCAACAGUAGGAUCACCUACAACACAGGGAAUAGCAGCACAAAUUUAGAAAAUUACGACUACCUAGAUGUUGACACGGCUGCUCACAACCAUCAGAACGAGAACAAUUUCCCACCGCAGGAUAAUUAUUCUGGAACGAACAGGCAGUUGUACUCUGCAUCUAGCACCUUAUAUCCCAUGGACCCAAGACAUGCUAACAUGAGUCAAAAUAUUUCAUAUCCAGACCAAUAUAGCUAUAGCAGCUAUUCGAGCAGAAGUCCUCAUCUGAGCAGAAGGAGAUCUUAUUUCCCCUUGGACGGCUACGAAAAUGAGUAUUAUGCCUACCCCCAUGGAGCUAAUUUUAGAGACCUCCCCCCACAUCUGUACUACUUGGCGAAGGAGGAAGAUGAAAAAAAAUGUUGUUUAAAAAAAGGAAUGAAUUGUUCACUACCUGGCUGCAACUCACACAUGGAUAAUUCUUAUGAGUUCCUAAUUCAUUCACCAAAAAUGCCAAUCACCAUUAAAGCUCCAAAUAAAAAAAGGUUCGAUAUGUUCAAAAAGAUAACCCUAACUGUAGGUACCUACUUGGACGAUGUUGUAAAUGUAGUGAUAGGUAUGGUAGAGUCCUCCUACAAAUGCGUGUCGCGGAACAAUAACACUAACUUGUAUGAUUUGUACCCAUUUUAUAAUCCAGAUCCUUUUUACUCUAGAAAUGAAAGGCCAACAUUAAAAACGGGAAGCACUUUGUUGGAUAAAAUAAAUUCUGCGCUAGACGGCACGACGCUUGAAAAGCAUAAAACGUUACCGAGAGAUUUUGGAAGAGUUAGCAUUCCGAAGACGCAGAAGACAGGGAGCAAGUUCGUUGACGGGAUGAAUAACAUGCUGGACAAUUUGUUGAAUGAGCCUUUGUCUUACCAAAAGUAUGACUACUUCAGUGAUCGGUGUGAGAACGGGCCACAGCGGUAG